AAGGAAGACAGCAGCGGACGCCGAGAAGGAGCUUCGCGGUCGCCAUGGCUUCUACUGCGGACUCACUAUGGGAGGACAGGGAUGUCCGCUUCGACAUCUCCUCGCAACAAAUGAAAAUGAGACCAGGAGAAAUUCUCAUUGACUGUUUGGAUUCUAUUGAAGAUACCAAAGGAAACAAUGGAGACAAAGGUAGACUCUUGGUAACAAAUUUAAGGAUUAUCUGGCACUCAAUCGCACUGCCUAGAGUCAACCUCUCUGUAGGUUACAAUUGUUUCGUGAAUAUAACAACAAGAAUGGCUAACUCAAAGUUAAGAGGCCAGACAGAAGCACUUUAUAUAUUAACUAGAUGUAAUGCUACACGUUUUGAAUUCAUAUUUACCAGUGUGGUUCCUGGGAGUCCCAGACUUUUUACUUCAGUUAUAGCUGUACACAGAGCAUAUGAAACAUCAAAAAUGUACCGUGAUCUUAAACUGAGAUGUGCAUUAAUUCAAAACAAGCAGUUAAGAUUGUUACCAAAGGAACAAGUAUACGACAAAAUAAAUGGAGUCUGGAAUUUAUCUAGUGAUCAGGGAAAUCUGGGUACCUUUUUCAUUACAAAUGUGAGAAUAGUUUGGCAUGCUAAUAUGAAUGAUAGCUUUAAUGUCAGCAUACCAUAUCUACAAAUUCGCUCAGUAAAGAUCAGAGAUUCAAGAUUUGGCUUGGCACUUGUCAUUGAAAGCUCUCAGACGACUGGAGGGUAUGUCCUUGGAUUUAAGAUCGACCCACCUGAAAAACUGCAGGAUGCAGCAAAGGAAAUAAAUUCACUGCAUAAAGUCUAUUCUGUUAAUCCUAUAUUUGGAGUGGAUUAUGAAAUGGAAGAAAAGCCUCAGCGCCUAGAAGACCUGACGGUGGAACAGGUACAAGAUGAUGUAGAGAUAGAGUCAGAUGAGCACACAGAUGCCUUUGUGGCUUAUUUUGCUGAUGGCAAUAAGCAACAGGAUCGUGCACCAGUUUUUUCUGAAGAGCUAGGACUGGCAAUAGAGAAACUGAAGGAAGGAUUCACCCUGCAAGGACUCUGGGAAGUAAUGGGUUGACAGUAAUUUUAACAAUAGGAAUAGUCUGUAACAAUAUGUAUAGUCUACUACCUGUUUUACAGA